AAAAUCAGUUAUAAUGUCUGCUGAAAACUCCAAUCAGUCCUUGGUUACAACUCAAAAAGUUCUCGACGAGUUAAUGAGCAAAUGUAAUUUCCUUGCCGUAGAUGAGCUUGCGAAUCUUUUGAAUUCUGUCACUGAAAUGAAUAUUCUAGCAAAUACAGUCGAAGAAAGAUUGUAUGGCCCUGUUUAUUUUUCCUUCGGAGAAGACAUUUUUUCUAUCAAUGAGAUUUUCUUA